CGGCCUCGAUGUGAUACACCACCAUGCGAUGUGAUCCCACACGUUAUGACGAUGCUUAUCAUGGUGACUGGUUUUGCCAUCGAGAGAAUUAUUGAUCUCGGCCCCCCCUGUUUGUUUGUUAGUCAUCGAUGUGCUGCACAAGCCAGUGCUGAACACUGGGGAGGAGCACCGAGGGAAUCCUCUUAACCAGGUAAUCUAAGCACCCAUCUGCUGUUGCAGUCAUCCACCACCUCCAGCCUCCACCAACAUGUCAUUUACCAACUAGCCUCUGUGAACCAGCACAAGUUAAGACCAUGCUGCUGUCUCCGCGUGCAGAGAGGAACUGGGAGGAUCUGUGUUCAGUGCUGGAGGAAGUGCUGGAGGAUCAGUCCCCCAGGCAGCUGUUUGCCUUGGAGCUGGGCUCUGGAACUGGGCAGCAUGUCAUCCGCUUUGCACAGAAGAUGCCCUUUGUUACCUGGCAGCCGUCAGACAUCAAAGAAGAGUCUCGGGAGAGUAUUAUGGAAUACAUUGCUGCAACCCAUGUAAAGAAUGUGCUGCAGCCUGUCCACCUGGAUGCCAGCGCAGGGUGGGAGGAGUGGGCCGCCCUUUCCCGCAACUCCUGUGACAUUAUCAUUGCCAUCAAUUUACUGCAAUACAGCUCAUUUAAAACAGCACAGGGUGUUUUCAACGGAUCCGGUCAGCUCCUCGAACAAAACGGCCUUUUAAUAACAUAUGCGGUGUAUGCCAUCAAUGGCACCAUCACCCCCAGUUGUAAUGAACAUCUGGACGCGGAGCUUCGACAGAUGAAUCCGGAGUGGGGUCUCCCAGACGUGGAUGUGCUGAGGCAGCUGGCCUAUGGGAACGGGCUGCGUAUGGAGCGGAUGAUCGAGAUGGAAGAAUACUACAAAUGCCUCAUCUUCAGAAAACUUUGAAUAAACAAAUUAUUUUUGUUCAUUCAUUAACGUCAUGUCUUGGCCUUUAUGCCUCUUAUUAAAAUAUGAAUGAAUGGGAAAUUCAUGUCUGUCUUUUCCAAUCCAUAAAAAGCUUAUAGACA